AGAGCCGAAACUGCCAGUUCAGUUUGGCGUAGCGUUUUGGAAGGACCAUUUCAAAAGAAUGAUCGAAUGAAGUGCGCGAAAAAAGUCAGUUGAAGGUGGAUAAGAUUGAUUGAAUAGAACUUGUAAUCUACAGCGGAAGGCAGCAUGGCAAGGACAAUCAGUGCGGGAGUGCUAGUGCUUUUUGGACUAUGCGUUUUGAGUGCAGUUAACGGUCAGCUAGUCGAUAGAAUAUGUGCUAGCACCAAGUUCUCCGAACAAUGUCUACAACUACAAAGGGGCAAUCCGGAAGUGGUAUGCGUCACAGUUCAGGACAGCAUCGAGUGCGCCCAGCGAAUUCGUAAUGGCACAGCCGACAUGGGAGUGUUCAGCGCGGAAAGUAUGCUACAGUUGGCAACGCUCGCUUGGGAUGGCAUCACCGUUGUGAAGGAACUUCGACACAAUGAUCGCACCCGGGAAGUCGUUGACUUCCGCUCAGUAGUUGUGGUCUCUUCGCAGCAUCAAGGUGGAGUAGACGGUCUGCGUAAUAAGAAGUUCUGCCAUCCGGGAUUGCACUAUGGACGCCAGCAGCGGUGGAGCGAAAGGUUUCUGAAGCACUUUGAACGAUUGGUCGUUCCGGCUUACUGUGCGGAUUUGGAAAAUGCAGCGGAAAUUGAAACGGCUGCGCUGUCGAGCUUCUUCCAGUCCGCCUGUCGACCGGGCAAGUGGUCCAACGUACCGCAGGAGGAUGCCAACUUGAAAUCCAAAUAUCCGAAUCUCUGCGAAUUGUGCCAGAAUGCCAACCAAUGCACGUACGACACCUCGACAACAUCCAGUCACCGAGCAGCGUUGCAAUGCCUACGUUCCGGAGGCGAUGUCACCUACGUAUCCCAGCAGGACGCAAUCGAAUUCUUCGACGCCAACAAUGACAUUGUUAACGACUAUGGCUUCUUGUGCCCGAAUGGAACCAUUGAAGCGAUAACCGGAAACAGUAACCCAUGCUCGUGGUUGACACAACCAUGGCCGGUGAUCUUGUCGACGGCCAAUCGAGCCAUCGAAAUCUCCGCCCGAAUUGACCGUUGGCUGCGACCUACCUCCAACUCGAACUGGGAACAAGCUAUCCAGGAAAUCAUCACUCAAGACAGUCGCACCGCUGUUUCGGUUGGAUCGAUUCAAGCGCCGAUCGACUACCUGCGUCCGUACCGUCAGCUGCCGAUUCCAUCGGAUCUUUGCCAAACCACAUCUCGCUGGUGUACCACGUCACCGGAGGAGAAAGACAAAUGCGAAGUUUUGAGGACGGCUGCCUUAACGACAGGAAUUUUCCCCACUAUCGAAUGCGUUGAUCCCACUACCAGCCGGAUGUCCUGUUUGAAUGAAAUUUCCAACAACCGAGCAGAUUUCACCGGAAUUGAUUCGAACUUCGGAUACCUUGCUAGACACCCGUUCAACCUGACGGCAGCGAUGUUCCAGGAAACCGAAAAGGAGAAGUACUCAUCGGUUGUAGUGUUGGUGCGAGCUGAAAGUCGUUUCACCCGAUUUGAGAAUCUGCGAAAUGCCAAAGCCUGCAUUCCGGAAUUUGGCGGAAUCGCUUCGAUUUCGUUCAUAAACGUUGGUAAAACUCGUGGCAUUUUCGAUCAGCACGAAUGUGACUAUGGACGUUUGUUGGGAGAUUUCUUCAGCGAAUCGUGUGCGCCUGGAUCUCGCGAUAGUUUGCAUGAUCCUCGAGGAGAAAACCCUGAAUCGCUUUGCUCGUUGUGCCACGUCCCGGUUCGGCCACAAGAUCCAGUCCCACUGGCAUCCAGAGACGGUGACAGCGAUGAUGGAACAGAAGAUUCAACUGCUCUGCCCGAUGAGCUGGAAGAUCAACCGCAGGAGGUUCAAGGCAAAGCCGAAGUCGAAGUGACCAUCGAAAGGAAUAUCAACUGUGCUGCUAACGUCAAUAACCCCUUCUACGGUACCCGUGGAGCGCUGAAUUGUCUGGUUCAACAGGGUGAAGUGGCAAUUGUUGAAGUUCAGAACUUGGCAGAACAUGCCCGGGUUUUGAACAUUAAUCCGAACGACUAUCGAGUUCUUUGUCGAAAUGGAUCACUCGCUGCCUACCCAGGAUUCCAGGUGGACGAAGAUUGCUAUCUUACAACAAUCGUCGAUGGUGAAAUUGUGGUCCGACGUCAGUCGUCCAAGACGGCUGGAAUCAUCAACGCACUUAGCUCGUUGGAUAUCUACUUGCAAAAUGAUCCCGACUUCCGAAUGUACAACAUCUUCGGUGGAGUUAAGAAUUUAUUGUUCGAGGAUUCGGCACUGGGUUUGGUCUCCCCACAACACGCAGAACUGGGACAUGCAGUGCAGAACUACAUUCGACUGUUUGAGAACAUCGAAGAUUGCACAAGUGCAGGCAUCAGCACUACGACUGUGGAUCCGAAUAAAGGCGCCAUUUUCACCAUAAAUAUUUUCAUGGCAGUGCUGUUCGUUGUCUACAGCAUCAUUCGAGGUUAACUCAAGACAUAGGAUAGUUCUUUCGCAAAUUUUCACAAGCCAUUUUUUCAGAAUUCAUUUAACUGUACAGUUGUAUUAUUUUGUAACGAGAAGCGUUAAUAAAAUCUAAAUCGAUCCUAAAAA